UCUCAUCGACGAGAAUUAGACAAGAAUUUUUCCAUUGUUACUCAGCAAUGCGGGUGGGGUUCGCAUCUACAAAGAUUUCUCUUGUUUGGUUUGCUUUCAACUGCUUCAUUUUGGUUGUUAUUUUCAGUAGUCGACGAAAAAUAACUUGUGUGAACGAGGAGACAAAUGUUAUCCAUGAGGCAUCAUUUCCAAAGUAUACCUUUCAGCCUCUUCUCACAGAGGACGGUGUCUCCACUGAUACACAAUCUAUAACUAGACUUAGCUUAAAAGACUACGUUUUAAGUAUCAGUAAUUCGAACCCUCCCUAUUAUUUCGUUGCAUUCAAAGCACGAAUUGACUCCAUCGUUUCUGCUAGCAUGCUGUCAUCUGGUGGAUAUUUUGAUAGGUUCGUACAUCAUAUAUUUGAUUGGCAUCAUCAAAAUAGAAACAAUCGACUUUCUACUGUCGAUAAUAUGCACUCUUCAAAAAGUCGAGUUGGACAUUGUCUUUGUCUAGAUAUUGGAACGAACUUUGGCUCCUUUGGUCUAUAUGCUGCUAGUAAAAACUGUGAAGUUUUUGGUUUUGAGGUUCAAUCAUCAGUAUUUCUUGGAGUCGCAAUGGCUGUGAGAAUCAAUUCUUUUGGAGACCGUUUUCACUUGAUGAGGAGAGCAGUAUCGAACAUCAGUGGAGCCCGAGUGCAAGUUGGCUUUGUAUCAGACAAAAAUGUUGGAGGAACAUCUGUUUCAUAUGACGUAGAGGCUGUUGGUAGUGAAAAUGUCUCUACUAUUCGUAUAGAUGAAGUUAUUCCGUAUCCUACUAGUAUCACUUUUCUCAAGUUGGAUGUGGAAGGUAGCGAAUGGAGAGCAAUGCUUGGAAUGCAAUCCUUUUUUCAACAUCAGUUGGUGGAUGGUGUAGUAGUAGAAGUCCGAAAUGACGAUGCAUCCAACAAUGUCAUUAGGCAUUUAUAUGAAUGGGGUUACGUAUGCAUGAACGUGAAUAGCAUUACCUACCCUUUAAAUUUGUCUGCUGAAAUACAAUCUUUUCCUUUUCUAACGACGGUAGAUAAUGCUCUAAAGGAAACAAAUGGUCUCAACAACUCAUUUUAUUUUAAAACUUUCUAUUUGAAAGUAGCAUUAUUUUGUCUCAACCAUAUCCAUGAAUCUGAUGUUGGUUGCCAUCAGCCACCUUUAGGAUUGUUGGAAACUGGGCACGCACCACAUGCUAUGAUUGUGAAAAAUGAAUUUUCGUGUAGCAACGAGGAAAACUCUUUAAAGUUUCGUAAGAAUAGAACCUUCUAGUUACUGUCGCAGAAGAAGAAUUUUUUGUAUGAUAAACAGGUUUCCAAAUAU